AAAUGAAGACUUUAAAUAAAAAGGGAUAAUUAAAAAAUCUUGUUGCAAACCAAGAUUUAAUAAAUAUAAUAAUUACAACAAUAUCAUGUGUCUUUGUUUGUCUGACCUUUGUUUGGUACUUUUAUCAGUAUUCUUCCCACCAUUACCUGUAUGGAUCCGUAGAGGUGUAUGCAGUGGGGACUCAUUAAUAAAUAUUUUAUUAUGCAUCUUAGGAUAUGUCCCUGGUUUAAUUCAUUCAUGGUAUAUCAUUGCAAAAUACCCCCCUUAUUCCACCAGAUCAGAGUCCAAAAUUUAUUACAUAUAUCGUAACCUGAAUGACCUUGAAGCUGGAAGAGGCAAUGGUAACCAUCUGGACCGUCAUCGUUGCGACCACAACUCACCAAUUAUAAAUGAACAACCUAGACCUAUUUCUUCUAUGGAAGCUGGACCAUCAUCAAGUUAUGGUGCAAUUAACGAGAAUACCCCAGUAGCUGCUGCUCCGCCUGCAUACUCUGAAUUGGACAAUAAAGUACAACGUUAGAAUUAAUAGUCUAUAUAUCUAAAUCCUUACCAUUUCUUAAUUAAUUUUAUAUAAAUUUAUUUGAA